CGCUGGCUCACGCUCCCUCUCUCUCACACAGUCACUCAUAAAGGAGCCAAAGGAAAGCAAGAGAUGCAGAGACAGGAAAGCAUGUCUUCUGACUCCCUGUCAGACAUGUGGGGUCCCCCAGCUCACUGGAUGUCAAGUGGUCACCCUUAUGAUGAGAGGACUGUGUGGAACCCCAAGUUCUGUGUGGUCACCGACAGUCAGAUGCUGCUCCUGGACAAGGAGGAGAUCCAUCCUUUGUUGUUGCAGGAGAGGAGGUCAGAGUUGUGUCAGGUUCGGCUACUACGACGCACCAUUAGCGUCCCCGUGGAAACCAACUUCCACAGCCCAGAAUUCCACAGCCAGCUGUCCACUGAGAGUCAUUCAGAGAGAGAUAGCGGGAGAGCUGGCCAA